AUGCUCUUCGCCGAUUUUCGCAGAAAUAACGUCGCACGUUACUUUUAUUUGUGCUGUGAUGAUGAAAAAAUUACGAAUGAGGCCCUCUAUCCUGGCUUAGCAGCUGGGCUGCCCCCCGACACCCCACGCACCGGCGCCCCCACCCUGGGAGCAGCAAAGGCAGAAAUUUUUCAGGAAUUUGCUGUUCAGGAGGAAUCGGUGACGUUCCGGAUCAAUUUGUCUGUUCUUCUUGACUGCUUGACUAUUUUUGGUACCAGUUCUUUGCCAGGAACAUCAACAGCCCUUAGGAUGUGUUACCGUGGUUAUGGUUAUCCCUUGAUGCUGUUCUUAGAAGAAGGAGGAGUAGUGACAGUGUGCAAAAUCAACACUCAAGAACCAGAUGAGUUGUUAGACUUUGAUUUCUGCAGUACAAAGGUUGUUAAUAAAAUCAUCCUGCAGUCAGAGGGACUACGAGAAGCAUUUGCCGAACUGGAUAUGACCAGUGAAGUUCUGCAGAUUACCAUGUCUCCGGAUAAACCCUACUUCAGGUUAUCCACUUUUGGAAAUGCAGGAAGUGCACAUCUGGACUACCCUAGGGACUCUGAUUUGAUGGAAGCAUUCCACUGUAACCAGACCCAGACAAACAGGUACAAGAUUUCUUUGCUUAAACCAUCUACAAAGGCACUGGCUUUGUCUUGCAAAGUGUCCAUUCGAACAGAUGCUCAAGGAUUUCUUUCACUGCAGUAUAUGAUUAGGAAUGAAGAUGGGCAGAUCUGUUUUGUGGAAUACUACUGCUGCCCUGAUGAGGAUAUUACUGAAGCAGAACUGUAGAUGUAUGUUUUGGCGUCUGUAUUAUAUUUAUGGAUCUACAAAAUAGUAUAUUUUUUUAUAAAACUGAAUGAAAGCUGUAAAGGUGGGUAGACUUGAUAUUGUAAUUUUUUUUUAACUUUGGAAUUCGAAAUAUGAAGACUUUCUUUUUAUUCCCUUGCAAACAUUUCUUAGCUGUGACUCAAAAAGCUGAAGCUGAAAAAGCAAAAAGGGGAGUUGAUCUCUUAUAGCCAUUGACUCUGGUGGAGAUGUUAAAGUGGUGUUUGUGUGAUAAGUUGCUGCUUUUUACAGUGUUCUCCAAGAAUUUUUGUUUGUCUUUUGGUUUAUGUCUUCUUUGGCUUGUUCUAAGCAGUUGCACAAGGGAAAAUCUGAAUAUUAGCAGUAUGUUAGCCAGUUAACUUUCAAUGACUUAAAACCAAAUUUGUCUUGAAAGAGGGUGACAUUUUCAAACUGGUUUCUUAUGAGCAGCAGGUGGUUUCUUUCUGGCAAAUGCUGAUGUGUUUUGCUGGUGAAGCCACUAGGCUCUUCGUCAUCUUGAUUGAUUCUCAAUAUAGCUCAGUUCCUUGGAAUUUUCAUCUGAUGCCAGUUUACCCUUUUGUCUGCAGUACUGGCGUUGAAUUGGUAGAUUAAGAUAGAAGCCAGGAUUUACUUACUCAUUAUGCAUAACUGUUCUGGCAAAGUUAUUAUUUUGUAUCUAGUAAUUUAUUACACAUCUGCAAGAAUGCUGCUGCUGAAAUGUUUCUGUAGGUACACGUCCCUGUUCCUACCCUGCCACUCGCUACUAAUGCUGUUAAGAAUCAUAGGAAGAGAGGAAAGUUUCAUAUUUGAAAUUAUUUGUGAAAUUUGUUUACCUUCUCAGUAGCCUUUUUCAGCAACAGGAGGGACUCCUAAACAGAAGUAGAGGAAUGUCUGCCUGCGUGCCGUGGAGUGGUGUAUUCAUAUCACUGCUAAAAACGGGCCUAGCCUCACUGAAAAGGGAGUGUGGUUUCUGGGGAGCUUCCUGCAGCGCCCAGCUUUGUGACACAGUGGGGUGGGCUGUGCUUAGGUCAAAAGUUGUGCUUCUCCUUUCACACCUCUCCGUUGCAAACAACUGGCUCAAAACAGGAGUUCAACCAAACCAGAUGGGCGCUGAACCAGAUGGGAGAGGCUGCAGAUCACGCUGCAAGAGACUGAAGUCUUUUGCCUUGCUGCCGUGGGGUGCAAUCCAAGAGUUGGCGACCCGCAGGUAGCUUCUACAGCUUUAAACUGUAGUUGAGUUUUGUUGAUUGUCAGAAGAUGACGUCCUGCUUUGCAUGUGUGGAAAAGACCAUGUACAUACGCUACCAAGUCGAUUGCUUCACAGUUCAACAGAAUCCAAGUACUUUGGGUUUAAGUUUAAAAUGCUUUUCUUGACCAUUUUUCACCUCUUGCAAGAGCAUACUUUCA